CACUGAUCAGCCGUCAUGUCCAAUCGCGUAACACCGCUUGUUCGUCCCAUGAUCCUCCUGGAGGGGGUGGAAGAGGUUACCACGGAAAACACAGAGGAGAUAACGAAUCUUCAGUGCUCUGAUGCUGGUGUGAUAUUCAACAUCAACAACAGCAACAACAAUGAGGAAGAGGAGAAGAAGAAAAAGAAGAAAGAAAAGAAGGAGAAAAAGGAGAAGAAGGAAAAGAAAGAAAAGAAGGAAAAGAAAGAGAAGAAGAAGAAAGAGCAAGAGGAGAAAGAAAAAGAGAAAGAAAAGGAGAAAGCCAAAAAAGAGGAACCGAAGGAGAUUUUCGUGAUUGAUCCUGCAGGAAACACCUACUACAACUGGCUCUUCAUCAUCACCUGUCCUGUGAUGUAUAACUGGGUGCUGAUCAUAGCCAGAGCCUGCUUCGAGGACCUACAGCACGACUUCUUGAUACACUGGUUUAUCUUAGAUUUCUUAUCAGACCUGGUUUACCUGGCUGACAUGGUCUUCAGGACGAGGACAGGGUAUCUGGAGCAAGGUCUGCUGGUUAAAGACGAGAAGAAGCUUCGAGAGCGAUACAUGGCGAGCUUCCAGUUCAAGCUGGACCUCGUCUCUAUGAUCCCCACAGACGUUUUCUACCUCUUCGUCGGCCUCAACUACCCCGAGAUCCGUAUGAACAAGCUUUUCAGGGUGAAUCGGCUCUCCGAGUUCUUCCAGCGCACCGAAACGAGGACCAACUUUCCCAACGUCUUCAGGAUCUCCAACCUCGUCAUGUACAUCGUCAUCAUCAUCCACUGGAAUGCUUGUCUCUACUACUCCUUCUCCAAAGCGAUUGGUUUUGGAGCUGAUAGAUUCGUCUAUCCAGAUAUUACGGACCCUGAGUUCGGCCGUCUGGUGAGGAAGUACGCGUACAGCAUGUACUGGUCCACCCUGACCUUGACCACUAUUGGUGAAACUCCCCCUCCUGAGAAGGAUUCAGAAUACUUCUUCGUGGUGACAGAUUUCCUAGUAGGUGUCCUGAUUUUUGCUACCAUCGUCGGUAACGUCGGCUCCAUGAUCACCAACAUGAACGCAGCGCGAGCAGACUUUCAAGCCAGAAUUGAUGCCAUCAAGCAAUACAUGAGCUUCCGUAACGUCACCAAAGACCUGGAGAAACGCGUCAUCAAGUGGUUCGACUACCUUUGGACCAAUAAGAAAGCUGUAGACGAGAGGGAAGUCCUUAAGUACCUUCCAGACAAGCUCAGAGCAGAAAUCGCCAUCAACGUCCACCUGGACACGCUCAAGAAAGUGCGAAUCUUUGCGGAUUGUGAAGCAGGACUUCUGGUCGAGCUGGUACUGAAGCUUCAGCCGCAGGUUUACAGUCCCGGCGAUUAUAUAUGCAAAAAAGGCGACAUCGGACGUGAGAUGUACAUCAUCAAGGAAGGAAAGCUUGCCGUGGUGGCUGACGAUGGCGUCACGCAGUUUGUCGUCCUGAGCGAUGGAAGCUACUUCGGUGAGAUCAGCAUCCUCAACAUCAAGGGCAGCAAAGCUGGGAACCGAAGAACCGCUAACAUUCGCAGCAUUGGCUACUCAGACCUGUUCUGCCUGUCCAAGGAUGACCUGAUGGAGGCGCUGACCGAGUAUCCGGACGCAAAGGCCAUGUUGGAGGAAAAGGGACGGCAGAUCCUCAUGAAGGACAAUCUGUUGGAUCUAGAGUUGGCGAAGCAGGGUCCGGACCCCAAGGACAUGGAGGAGAAAGUGAUAAAGAUCGAAACGGUUCUGAACGACAUGCAGACACGCUUCGCUCGUUUACUCUCUCAACACGAGGCCUCACAGAGCCGCCUGAAAAGACGCAUCACCAAACUGGAAAGCAAAAUCCCCACCUCCACCGGGGUUACCGUCUCCGAACCAACCGAGGCGACAUCAACUACAGAAAAGAAAUGA